GGCCACCGCCACACCGCACCAUGGCGCCCACCCUGGCCACUGCCCAUCGGCGCCGCUGGUGGAUGGCCUGCACCGCCGUCUUGGAAAACCUCCUCUUCUCGGCAGUCCUCCUGGGCUGGGGCUCGCUGCUCAUCAUGCUCAAGUCGGAGGGCUUUUACUCCUACCUGUGUACGAAGCCAGAGAACAUCACUAAUGGCACAGUCGAGGGCACCGCGGAGCCGGAGCACGAGGAGGUGAGCCUGGUAAAUGGCUGGCUCAGCUGCAAGGCCCAGGAUGAGAUCCUGAAUCUGGCAUUCACCGUGGGCUCCUUCCUGCUCAGCGCCAUCACCCUGCCCCUGGGCAUCAUCAUGGACAAGUAUGGCCCAAGGAAGCUCCGGCUUCUGGGCAGUGCCUGCUUUGCUGUCUCCUGCUUGCUGAUUGCGUAUGGAGCAAGUAACCCAGACUCGCUCUCUGUGCUGAUCUUCAUCGCCUUGGCUCUGAACGGCUUUGGGGGGAUGUGCAUGACCUUCACCUCGUUAACACUGCCCAAUAUGUUCGGUGACCUUCGGUCCACCUUUAUUGCCUUGAUGAUUGGAUCCUACGCUUCCUCGGCAGUUACCUUCCCAGGAAUUAAGCUCAUCUAUGACGCUGGCGCCUCCUUCAUUAUCAUCCUAGUGGUCUGGGCUGGCUGCUCUGGCCUGGUUUUUCUCAACUGUUUCUUCAACUGGCCACUAGAGCCCUUCCCAGGGCCGGAGGACAUGGACUAUUCGGUGAAGAUCAAGUUCAGCUGGCUAGGCUUUGACCACAAGAUCACAGGGAAGCAGUUCUACAAGCAGGUGACCACAGUGGGGCGCCGCCUGAGCGUGGGCAGCUCCAUGCGGGCUGCCAAGGAGCAGGCUGCCCUGCAGGAGGGCCACAAGCUGUGCCUGUCCACUGUCGACCUGGAGGUGAAGUGCCAGCCUGAUGCUGCAGCGGCCCCCUCGUUCAUGCACAGUGUGUUCAGCCCCAUCCUGCUGCUCAGCCUGGUUACCAUGUGUGUCACGCAGCUGCGGCUCAUCUUCUACAUGGGGGCCAUGAACAGCAUCCUUGAGUUCCUGGUCAGCGGGGACCAGAAGACAGUUGCCCUCUAUACCUCCAUCUUUGGCGCACUCCAGCUGCUCUGCCUGCUGACAGCUCCUGUCAUCGGCUACAUCAUGGACUGGAGGCUGAAAGAGUGUGAAGACACUUCUGAAGAGCCUGAGGAGAAAGACGGCACUCAAGGUGAAAAGAAGCAGAAACGAGACAGGCAGAUUCAGAAAGUCACUAACGCCAUGCGGGCCUUCGCCUUCACGAACGUGCUGCUCGUAGGUUUCGGGGUGACCUGCCUUAUCCCUAAUCUGCCUCUACAGAUCUUCUCCUUCGUCCUGCACACAAUUGUGCGAGGAUUCAUCCACUCUGCCGUAGGGGGCCUAUAUGCUGCUGUGUACCCCUCCACACAGUUCGGUAGUCUCACAGGACUGCAGUCCCUGGUCAGUGCGCUCUUUGCUCUCCUGCAGCAGCCCCUGUUUCUGGCCAUGAUGGGUCCUCUCGGAGGAGACCCGCUGUGGGUGAACGUGGGUCUGCUCGUCAUGAGCAUGCUGGGCUUUUGUCUGCCUCUUUACCUGAUUUGCUACCGGCGCCAGCUGGAGAGGCAGCUUCACCAGAAGAGGGAAGACAGCAAGCUGUUCCUUAAGAUCAAUGGCUCGUCCAACCGGGAAGCCUUCGUGUAGUUCCCACCCACAGCCUCAGAGUUGUGGCCUCCUGCCUGUGCUUCAGUGACUGACUGCAGUCGUCUCCCCGCCCCAGAGGAUCCUGUGUGCUCCCUGGAUCCUGCCCGUCACCACACUGGAGCCCAUACUUUCUCAAAAAAACCCUGGCCCUGCCGUGGAGUGCUGGUGUGGAGGGACAGGAGAGGGCCCGGGACAAUGAACCUCCCACUGCCAGAAGCUGGGCUGCCCUGGCCUAGCUGUCACCACAGGAGCUCUGGAGUCUUGGGGUUCCAUGGGGCUUGUACCUGGAGCCAAGGGGACCUUUCCAGCAAGCUUUUUUUUUUCCUCCUCUUUCUCACUGAUCUGGAUUCUGCCUCUUGCCAAAGCAGAGGGGCUGCCAUCCUCUGCCCACACUACCUGUCCCUGACCUGCAUGCCCGUCAACCACACCCACCUGAGGACAAAGGCUUGCACUGUCUGCACUCCCCCAGCUUGGCCUCUUACCUCCCCUGGCCAGUCCUGCUGCCUGAGGAAGGAAGGACCCGCUUCCUGUUGUUGGUGCUAACCCCUUUGUAAUCCCAACGUCCCCACCCGCCUCCCUGUGGCUAGUCCCUGGCCCCUCUUUUCCUUGAAGGCCAGAGAAGAAGCCCUCCGCCCUCCCCUCUCCCCAGGCUGGGGAAGGAGUGGAGGGCAGAAUAUUUACACAAAGCCCCAAGAGCCCUGGGCAAGGCUUCUUCCUCAGGAGCCAGAGAAGUCUCUCUGCUUUGUUCCAGUCUGCAACCUGAAGGGAACUAAGGGGACACCACAAGGGCACCCUUCCACCCACACACAGCUGUGUCUCUGGGGUGGAAAUAAGGCUGUGACUAGACCUGAAGCGCCAAGCCUGAGUAGGGAAGAGGAUUAGUGAGCAACGCAGGGGUGUGUGUUUGUGGUACGUGUGUGUGCAUGUGUAUACAUGGUAGGAGGCUAGCCCUAGGGGCUGCUUUUAUCACUGUGGACCAGACCAGAAGCCAGCCAGUCCUACCGGCGGGCUCAAAAUGGGAGAGUCAGCCUUGCUUUAUGACAGGGAACCUGUGCAGGGCUGUGUGAUCACAGUGCCCCCUGCUGGCAGACUCCAUGAGGGCACUGGAGCUGUUCACAGUAGAAACCUAGCUGGCCUGCCUGGCUCACUGACUCACCUUACCUUGACAACCCUUAGAAACCCUGUCUAGAGACCUCUUGGGGUGCAUUGAUUUUUAAGUUUUAUGUUUUUCUCUUUAAGUUUUAUCAUGAUUCUUUUUAUGAAGCAAUAAAUCCAUUUUCCUGUUGGUAAUGGAUGCCCCCCUCACCUAUCAGUUGACCUCUAUAUGUGCCUGUGAGAGGAGAGACAGGGCAAGACGUUCUGUCAGGAAGGGAAAAAAAAGGAAGAGAAGAAGCCAGACAUAGUGGCACACACUUUAAUCCCAGCACUCAGAGAGCUGAAGCAGGCCGACUUUGAGGCCAGCCUGGUCUACACGGAGAAUUCUAGGACUACAUAGUCAAAGCCUAUACAUGUUCUGCUAGUGACAAACCCAGCUGCACCUGGGUGCUCACCACCUUCCUGAGUGACAUGUUCAGGGAGGGGCACGGGCAGAGAAAAGUCCUGACUGCCCUGUACUCCAGGGAUCUGGAACUGUGGAGAGGCGUGGGCUGUCCUCACUGCUGUCCGUUCCAACUAGACAGGCCAAUCCAGAGCCUUCAUCUCCACUGUUUGCUGUCACCUUGUAACCCCAAGGGUGGUUAUAUGGUUGACUCCAGGAGAGUCAUAGGCUAACUAGCACCCAGUGGGAUUAGGGUAGAGACAGAAAAAAAUGCCCUCAGCCUCAGUGCAGGCUCUGUAGUGAUCGUGGCCUGCCAAGUCUUGACUCCAUCUGUUCAAACAUUCAACGCAUAACCCCCACAACAGAGAACUAGUAGACGCCCCUCUGGGGCUUCUCAUGGUUCAUUGGUAGAACUCACUCUCAACAUGGCUACAACCCUGGGUUCUGUUUCCCAAAAGAACUAUUGUGUGUUUUCCAAACCAUCUCUCAGAAAGCUGGUCUGUGAAAAUGUCAACUGUCAGACCUGUUGCUUCACAGCAGGACCCACAGCACUUUCCAUGUUCAUGAAGGAGGGCGGGGCCUCUGUGAGUUCAAGCCCGGCCUCCACAUUGCGAGUUCCAGACUAGCCAGGAUUAUUCAAUGAGACCCUAUCUUAAAAACAAAAAACAAAAUCAAAAAAGACUGUUUGCAAGGAUGUGGAGAAAAAUUGAAAGUUUGAGGCAUUGCUGUGUGAAUGGUAAAGCUGUGGAAACGUGGCAGCCCUGUAAUGCCAGCACCGGGAGGCAUUACAGGGCUGGCAAAUGAUGCCAUGCUCCAGCCUGAGCUGCAACCCUGCUCACCCAUAAGGUUGUGACAAAUCAUAGGAGCCAUGCCCUCGCCGCAUGUGCAGCACGGCAGCCAGUUGCCUGGAAUGUGGGUCGGCUCCCGGCCUGGGUCUACAUGUAGCUCUGUUGAUGGCGUGUUUGCCUAGCUUACCCAACCCUGGGUUUGACACCCAUCACUGAAUAAACCUGGGCAUGGUGGUGCAUGCCUGUUAUCCCAGUGAUUGCAAGGUGGUGACAUUGGGAUCAAAAGUUCAAGUCCUCCUUGGUUACAUAGCGAGUUCAAAGCCAGCCUGGAAUCCAGGAGACUCUCAUCUUCAGAAAAAAGAAAGGACAACAACAGAUGGCAGACUGCUGGUCUCACCUGUUCUUGGUUUGAUUCUGGUACUGCCCUGAGGUUGAGACGCCCCAGGGAGGAGGAGGGUAGCUUGAGGGAGUGAACGCUGACUGACAAAGCCCCUUCCUGCUGGGGACACAGCCUGAGGUCGAUCAGUCACCGCCUGUGCAGUCCUCAUCAGCACUGAGGGGCCCACUUUUGAUCGUGAUGCUGUAAGGGAACAUCCUAACAUUGAGAAACUAGACAUGGGAUAGAAAAGAGCCAACAGUGCUGGAAGAUGAGCCGCCCACCUGUAGCAGAAAACAAGCCAACGAGUUGUCCCUAGUCAAGGGCCAUUCUGCCCUGACUUGGCAGACUUUUUUUUUUUUUAGUGUCUUUGAAUCACGGUGGCAGCCUAGAGUGGAGUAGAUGCUUGGAGAGACGGUCCCGGAGGACUCUCCUGUGGGUCUCAGUCACUAAAGCAGCCAUGACCCUUUUGUCCAGAACCUUCCAUUGGAAGCAGAGCCCAAAGGAUGCAAGCUCAGGGUGGUUUCCGAAUCUUGGAGCCAACACUUUUUCAGGUUUGAGAUAAGCUAUUUGCACAAUGGCAUUUGAGCCCUGGAAGCUGAUGGGUCCUUGGAGAAAUAAUUCCCUGAUCCCCUCAACCUCAAGAGGAGUUGCCCCCAAGACAGGCACAGAAACACAGGCUAGACACAGGCAGAGGCACCGGUGGAAGGAACAGAAAGUGAUGCCAACCUUGUGGUUUCACCCGCCAAGGACGGUCUCACUUGAAGCCCCUCCUUUGUGGUCUAAGCAUUUAAGAAUGGAUUUCCCUGGGUCUCUGUCCUUUAGACUCUUUGCCAGCGUCUAUUCACAGCUGGCUCCAGCCUUCGUUAAAGCCAAAGUACAGGCCUUUGGGGCCACCAACUGUGUUCUGUCCCCUGUGCCCACAUACAGAAGUUCUGAGCAAACGUACAUAGGCAGCCAGUGGCACUGGCACACACCUAUAGCCCCAGCUCUCCCCUGCUCAGAGCUUAGCAGUUGUCUCCACAGAGCCAGGCCACAUCCUGUUAAAGCCUCAAUGCUAUCCCCUAGGAAGGGCAGUCAGGUUGUUACAAGCCUACAGGCUUUGGGACGGGGAUGAUGCCUUAUCUGUGAAGUUACUAGGGCACAGCCUAAGUGUAUUGACUCAGCUGUGUGGAAAGAGCGCCCAAGUGUUAGGAGGGCUGGCUUGCCCUUGGCCUUUAGCCCUUACCUGGAUUGAAGGUCAAGAUGAGACUGAACCCUAGAGUGUGGACAGAGCCUCCUGAGUUGAGGAGAGUCAGUGUCCUCUGAGGAAGGUAUAACUCUGCCAGCACAGCCACCAGCUGUGCCCCUUGGUCCCUGUAGUGAGUCAUUCUUACAUCGAUAGAUCCAAGACAGGACCACAGGUCACUUCCUAACCUUGACUGUUCUCGGAGGGAAGCACGUGGGUGGGUGAGCAGCCACCCCACAUUCUCAGGGAGAGCUUGAGUGUCAUUUUCUCACACCAAAUGGAAGCUUCUGGGCUCCCACGGUGGCUAAGGGGACCUGCAGGUAGAUUGCACGAACAGCAGUGUAUGUAGCACACAGCAGAAACUUAACCACCAGGACCCUGGAGAAGGGCAGACAGCAUGGGGAGCCAGGCACCCCCUCCCUCCUACACCAGGACACUGAUGACACAAGGGGCCUGACCAUGCCAGACUGGUGGACAGAUAAAGAUGGUACUGACCUCAGUCUCUUCAGAACUUGUCUUACAGAGAAGCCUUAAGUUCCCCCCUGGCCUACUUUGCUAUUUUGUCUUUCACGUUUUGGUAAGAGGCUUGGCCAAAGAGUCUUGGUGUCAAAAGUCCCAGCCCAUACCACCUUUUUGAAUGACUACUUGGCCAGGCAUGUGUGUGUGUGUGUGUGUGUGUGUGUGUGAGAGAGAGAGAGAGAGAGAGAGAGAGAGAGAGAGAGGCGUUCUGGUGUGUCUGUUGAGAUAUAUAGAUGUGCCUGUGUGCUGUAACACCGGGAGGCAAAGGAAAGGCCCAUGGCAUGGCGCCCCUUUCUGUUACUAGGAGUAUCUAGGCAGGUCAGAAUGCAGGCCACAUCAAAGACCCAGACCGAACCUUAGCGUGAGGCCUGAAGGUGUGUUCCUCUGCUCACCCCGGUCACCUAGUAUCGCUGAUAACUCAGCAGACCCUGGCUCUUCCCUGUCAGUUUGACUGUUCCUAGCCCCCAGCACACUCCUUGGCACACAGUAAGCACUUAAUAAAUGUAUGCUGAGAAUGACUAAGAA